AGUGUAGCAAUUGACAAAAGUUAUAUAAGAUUUCCUACAUAUUAUAAUGAUUUUAUCAGUUGUAGUGAUAUUUAAUGUGAUAUGUCUAUCAAGUAUACCGUUAUGUCGGGCACAGACAUACCGGUGCGAUGUCGAGGAAAAGGCGACAAAUAAUGCGCUAAAAGAGAUCUUCCUAUUCGCGGCCGACAAACAAAAAUUUCCCACAAAUGGCGCCGAAAUGAAGAGCUAUUGCGAUGCAAACAUAUUACAUCAGAAAACUAUUAAGACUUACGGCGACAAGUGUCUCACUCCUAACAGCAAACGUAUAGUGAACUUGAUGAUAUAUUCAAUCGUGAAAAAUGGUGCUAGCACAUGUAAGUCCAAACGUCGUAGUCUGGACUUUCAGCAAGUUGGUAAGUGCGGUAAUGUUGGUCAGCCUGAUAAUCGUAAGUGUUGGGACGAUUGGGUGGUCGCCAUGACCGGCAUUUCAGAGGUUGAGGAUCAUAAACUUAAGAUACCACUUUCAUGCUGUUAUGUAGCAAAAGUCAGCGCAUGUUUAACCCGAUCAUUUGAAAAGCAAUCGAAAGUAUGUCCGCGAAAAUCAAUUGAAUAUUUGGACACUUUGUUUGGUAUAUACCUGACAGACGUGAUGGCAAUGCUUUGUGGCGACUAUACGGCCGAUAACGACAAAUGCGAUAAAAUAAUCAGUAAAAUACCGGCGCCUAAAAAGAAAUCUAAGGAUCAGUCGCCUAUCAGUGCGAUCGCAAAAAUUCUUGAGUCACUACCCGAAUAAAUUCAAAUAUAUAUUUUAUAAAUGAGCAGGGUAUUUAUUUAUUUCCAAUUUGAUAUAUUGUACAAGAAUGUUCAACUGGUAAAUAUUUGAUAUAUUUUUAUAGCAUAAGGUUUUUUAAUCAAGUAUAAUACUAAUGUAUUAAUUAAU